AGCUCCACUGAAAAUGUCUGUCCAGUUUUCUGCACAGGCACCCUGGAGGAACAACAACAUCAGUUUUCUGACCAGAGAGGCAGCUGUAACAGAGCAAGGAGAGACUAUCAUAGGUUUCUACCUGUUGGCUUUAGGCUGGCUGUCUUGGUUUGGAAACAGCAUUGUGAUUUUUGUCCUGUAUAAACAAAGACAUCUUCUGCAGCCUACUGACUACCUCACAUUUAACUUGGCAGUAUCAGAUGCUAGUAUCUCCGUGUUUGGUUAUUCACGAGGGAUCAUUGAAAUCUUCAAUGUCUUCAGAGAUGAUGGAUUCAUUAUCACAUCAAUAUGGACUUGCCAGGUUGAUGGUUUCCUGACGCUUCUCUUUGGCCUGGCUAGCAUUAAUACCCUUACAGUGAUCAGUGUGACUCGCUAUAUCAAGGGCUGCCAUCCUGAGAGAGGUCACUGCAUCAGCAACAGCAGUAUGACAGUGGCUCUGGUUCUCAUUUGGGUAGCAGCUUUCUUCUGGUCAGCAGCUCCAUUACUUGGCUGGGGCAGUUAUACAGAUCGCAUGUAUGGCACAUGUGAGAUAGACUGGGCAAAAGCCAACUUCUCUACAAUCUACAAGUCCUACAUCAUCUCCAUUUUUAUCUGCUGUUUUUUCCUACCUGUCACAGUCAUGGUCUUCUCAUAUGUGUCAAUUAUCAAUACUGUCAAACUAAGUCAUGCAUUAACAGGACUGGGUGAUCCCACAGACAGACAGAGGAGAAUAGAGAGAGAUGUCACCAGGGUUUCUAUUGUCAUUUGCACAGCCUUCAUUAUUGCGUGGUCACCAUAUGCUGUCAUCUCUAUAUGGUCGGCCUACGGUCACCCUGUGCCCAACCUUACCAGCAUCCUUGCCAGUUUGUUUGCAAAGUCUGCUAGCUUUUACAAUCCCAUUAUCUACUUUGGAAUGAGCUCCAAAUUUCGGAAGGACAUUUUCAUCUUGUUCCAUUGUGCCAAGGAAGUCAAGGACCCUGUGAAGCUCAAACGUUUCAAAAACCUCAAGCAAAAACAACCACAGCCUUCUCAGAAAGAAGAGAAGUAUGCAGCAGAAAUGCACCCUGCACCAAGCCCUGAUUCCGGGGUGGGAAGUCCAACCAAUACCCCACCUCCAGCAAAGGGGGAAGUGUAUUUUGGUGUUCUCGAUACACCAUCUAAUAACCCUGAUAUUGAAUGUGAUAGAUUGUAAGCUUUGCAGCUACUUAAUACAUACACACUUUCUGUUCAGGAAGACCCUCUUCAGAUUCGUGCUUGAGUGACUUCCUAAUUCCCAUUCCAUCUGUUUCUUGCUAUAGCACUGAUGACUAUGCAACUCAAGCAAAUCAGAUGGCAAAGUGAUAUUUUCCUUCUAUGUAGGUACAAAAUGCUACAAAGUAUGUUACAAUGUGGGCAGCACAUCCAGUGCCAGAAACACUUGUUUUUCACGUGCAUGCAGGAAAAGAAAGACUGACUUGAGGAGAGCAUUAGCUAGCAAAAAUAACUAAUAUGUUCCUAUCCAAUUUUUUUCAGUUCCAGAUUACAUUUCCAAAUAUGUCUUUUGCUAUUUGACAGUUACAGCCAUAGAAGAUUGUUUUAGCUCUGUGGUGCUGCACAGCCCCAACUGUAGAAGACGGGGAGCUGUGAUUGCUGUGGAGCUGCUGCAGCUCCAACAGCUGCGAGGGGCAAAAGCUGUGUUCUCCCAGCAGAGCCCCCAGGCAUGCCUGCUGUGGGGCUCCCAGGCCCCAGGGACCUCACAGGACUGUAUCUGAUUAUAUGAUCAUAGAAUGGUUUGUGUCGGAAGGGAUCUUAAAGAUCAUCUCAUUCCAAACCCCCUGCCAUGGACAGGGACACUAGACCAAGUUGCUCAAAAGCCCAUCCAGCCUGGCCUUGAACACUUCCAUGGAUGGGGCACUCACAGCCUCUCUGAGCGACCUGUUGCAGUGUGUCACCUUCACAGUAAAGAAUUUCUUUCAAAUAUCCAAUCUAAAUCUACUGUUCUUCAGUUUAAAUUCUUUUUCCCUUGUCCUAUCACUUGUAAGAAGUCCCUCUCCAGCUUUCUUGUAGGCUCCCUUCAGGUACUGGAAGGCUACUGUAAAGACUCCCGAAGCCUUUUCCAGGUUAAACAGCUCCAACUCCCAGCCUGUCUUCACAGGUCGCCUUCAUAGGUCAUCGCCUGUGCCUGACUCUGUGUGUCUCUAUGCAUAGAUCCUGGCAUCUUCUGGUCACUGUAGUUUGAGCAGUGGCUUCAUACUUUUCCUCAUUGGUUUGCAGAAUUAUUUCCACCUCCCCUGACCUUCCUGGUGAGCAAGGCCUGGCUGUAGCACUCUGAUUCAGGAGAGGUGGCCUUUAAUUUUACUGAUCUCUCUCCAAACCAAUUGUUUUUCCACCUGACUAUAAAGUGGAGCAAGAGGUGUUGUACAGGCAAUGAAACUAAAACUGAUACUUAAGUUUUAAGAGUACUGAUGAAGUGUGGCAUCAGAGCUAUUUACAAAAUAUAAUCCAACACUUCACUGUUGCUUCUAAAGAAAGUUUUUGUACCUGCUUAUGGGUAAAAAGUAACUUUUAGGUAAACCCAACUAAGGAGCGAUUAAGGAUAGUGAUAUAAAUAGCUACACUGUAGGCCUAAAUCAACAGCCAGACUAUCAGAUGUUAAAACAUCAGAUUAUUUUGGAUUUAUUUUACAGAAUCAAAGUGAGAAGGUGUGUCUUCAUAAUUCAUCUUCUAAGUUAGCUGCAUACUCAAAGACUUCUCUAAGAAUGUCUCUGUGUUAGCCGUAGAAAUUGCGAGUUCUUUUAGUGCCACUUGCAAGUUAAACAGGGGGGAAAGAAAGAAAAAUAAAGAAAAAAGAAGAAGAAGAAGAAGGAAAAAAAAACUCAGCAGCACUGUUUGCUAACAUCUCUGCUAUUUAUGAAUUUUUGGAAUCUCGCUGUCUGGGUGUGCUGAAAUGUAGUUGUUUUGCUAAAGUAUGUUUUUCCAGAUGUGUUUCUUGGGAAAGUUACAAAGAGAGCCCACCUUCAUUUCCCCCAUUACUCUAUUCAUCUUGAGAAAAUCACCUAUGUUUUGAAGUUAAAAACAAAUAAACAUU